AUGGCAGCCCGCUACAUUGUUGUCUUCAGCGCCAUAUUCGUCCUGACUAAAGGAUCAAAUAUUUUUCCCAUUGAACAAGAGUCGAAGGUGGCACUUCACUCGCCGGUCGUCUCGUCCGGAGCUCCGGUUGUUGUUGUUUCUCAAGGACAUCCAUCAGCUCACCAGUCGCAACGCCCAAUCUACACCCAUGGCCCAGGAUCUAUUCCAGUUGGAGGAAAUCAUCGUGUGAUCGGAUCAGGAUUGGCUGGUCGUCUUCGUUCGGGGUCCUACGUUCGGUCGGCUACCGUGGUCGUUCCUGGUCCCACAGUCCUGAUUUCAGCUCCCCGAGUGGUGGCUGCCCCAGUGGUUCCUAUCCGCCAUCCCCAUGGAGUGCCAGCCCCAAUUGUUAUUGGAUCUGGACACAGCAACAUUCAUCAGACUCAUUACCAUGGCCACAAUCCCUAUUAG